UUUUGUUUGUUUGGGAAUCAUAUAUUUUAAUAAUUCAAAUUUAUUCAAAAAAUAUACUGGAAUUUAUUGUAAAAAUUAUACAAGCAAACAAAUAUUUAUUUUAAAUUUAAAGAUACACUAAAAUAAUCAAAAACUAUACUGAUGGACAUCAGCGCUGUAACUUAAGAAAAACAAAAAUAAUAUUCUAAAAGAGAAUCUCCAAAUAGGCAUUUAGAUGGAAAUAGUUGUCCUGGUAAAGAAAAUACUGAUAUUAAUUAGUAAAUUAAAUAAACUUGCUUAUAAAAUAAUGAAAUUUAAUAAAAUGACAAGGCUAAGUAGCUGUAAGAAAAGCUUAAAAUAUUAAGAGAAAAUAGAUUAUAAACUGAGGAAUAAAAGUCUCGUAAGAAUUGGGACAAUGUUGAUCCAUAAAUAAUGAAAAAGAUAGUGGAUUUAGAAGAUCACAAAAGAUAUAUAAAGACUGAAUAAAAUGAAGUAAAGAAUAAUAAAAAAUAAAUCCUGUUUAAACAAAGACAUUAGUUGAUGGCAACAACAGAUGUAAUGUAAUAAAAGGUAGAGAUUAUAAUAGAUAAAGAAAAAGAUAAGCUUUUAAACGUUUUUGAUGAAUAGCUUAAUUAAAGUCGUAAAAUUAAUACUCCUUCUAAUUCAUUUUAUACAAACUCAAGAAUAAACAGAAGCAACAGUUUAGAUGCCUCUUAAUAUAGCUUUUAUAGUAGUGCUUAUAUUCAAAAUAAUAAAAAAAUAAAUUCUUAAACUAAUUAGACUCUUGACAUUAGUGCUGCUUCUUAAGCAGGCUUAUCAAACAAUUAGUCAUCAAAUUAAAUCAAUAUUAAGCUUGGAAUUUCUUAAAACCAAGAUAUACAAAGUCAAUAAUAGUAAUAAUCUAGGCAAAACCAUAGGAGUUUAAAUGCACGUUUAAAUACAAAUCAAGACUAAUAAGUUUCUUUCAAUAUCUCUCAAAAAAAUUUAAAGAUUGAUGAGGCAGCAUCAAAUAUUUGUUAUAAUAAUGAAGUAAAUAAAAUUUAAGGAAAACAACAAAGAUUGAAGUAAUAGAGAGAUAUAAGCCCAAAAUAAUAAAAUAUACUAAACUUAUAACAAUUAACUCCUAGCACAAUAUCAUAAAGAGAUUAAAAUUCAUCUUUAAAUGAUACAAAAAAGUUAGAAGUUUCCUAAUUUUACUAAAAUAACAAUUAAUCAAGCAAUAAUAGUCAGACUUGCAGACCAAAUAUUUUUUAGGAGAGUUUGCUAACUUUGGUUAAAGCUAAUUUACAAUAAUAAAAAAAUAGCUUGCAAGUAUCAUAAAAUAAUUACAAUUAAGAAGAAUCUUAAGGGAAUAGUUAACAGGUUAAAAGCUCAAUUCAUUUCUCUCAUUUUAUGUAGGAGAGUUUUGCAGUAAAGCAGCAAUUAGAAAAUACAGAAAAUCAUUCAAACUAAGGUUGCUAAUCUGAAGAGUAAAAAACACUACCAAGAGGAAUUAAUUAGAUUGUUAAUUCUUAUCAAGGACCUGCCUCUUUUUUAAACUAAAACAACUCUCUACUUAUAAAUUAACUGCCAUAAGAUUUUAACAAUAAGCAAAAGUAAAACAGUAUCCAUAAUAAUAAUACACUAGGCAGAAGAUCUAAAAAUCAAAGCAAUUCAGAUGCUCUUGAUAAUGAAGAGGCUUAUUGGGGUACUGCUACAAAUGGAACAACUAUUUCUUUUAAUGAAGAUUAGCAUCAUUCAAAACAAUCAGUAGAAAAGAUAAACUUUACAACAAUUUAUAAUAAAUCUGAUAACAGUAUUCAAAUAAUAGAUGAAAGAAAAAAAUCAGAUGGGAACUUAAUGAAAAUAAUGGAAAAAUCUAUCUUAAAAGACAAUCAUAAAAAUAUAAAUUAUCUUUCGAAUGCUGAUAGCUAUGACAACAGUGCCGAUUCCUAAUAACGUUACUAAGCAGAUGCAUUUAUCAGUAAUGAAUUAAAAAUAUCACCAUUCUAAAAAAGGAAAGUUAACCUAUUAAAUUAAUCUUAAAGUAUCACAUCAAAUAAUUUAGUAAUCACAUGCUGCCCAAACUGCAAUAAAACUUUACCAUAGUAUGAAGAGCUAUAUUAUGAUCAGCUAUCAAACAGCUAGAACAGUAAUACUUAAAGUAGAGGAUAAAGCAGCGAAUUAAAUGGUCAUUUAAAAAAUAAUACAUAACCUUUUAAAAAUUUAAAUACAUUUGGGUCAAUUAAUGAAGUUCAUUUUAAAUCAAGUCUACUUAAUGAAGACUCUAACGAAAAAAUAUCAAAAGGCGAUAACAAUUUUUUGCAAUAAUUAAGAGAAAUGCAAUAGAAAUAAAGUUUAGGAGAAGAAUAGCUCUUAAAUUAAAAAAGAAUAUAGGAAUUAGAAUAUACUAUUGGAUAAUUAUAUAAGGAGAUAGAAGUUAGGGAUGAUAAUAUAGCUUGGCUUAGAAAAUAAAGAGCGAUUGGCUCUGGAUUUACCUAAUAAAUAAAUAAUAAAAAAUCUGAAUAUAGCAAAAAAAUAAUAUUGUGCUUAAAAUCUUAGAAUAGAAAAUUAAAAAAUAAAAUUUAGCGUUUAGAAACUAGUAAUAAAUGCUUGAUACAAGAAAAUCUUUCUCAAUAAGGUUUAAUAUAGGAAUAUGAAUAUUAAUUAGAUAAUUUAUUUGAAUCGAUAUUUUAAAAUGAAAAAGAAUUAAAAUAGCUUAAAAAAUAAUAAAAAAAGAGCUCAAAGGCAUUUGAGAAUAUUAUUGUUGCAGAAGAUAAAGUCAAUUAAAACUUCGAAGAAUUUAAAGAUAAAUUAGAAAGAAUUCUUGUUGGGUAUUCAAAUUAACUUGAAUCAUUAAACCAAAAUGAAUAAUAUUAUAAUCAAAUUAGUAAAGAAAAUGUAAUUUUGAAAUAAGAGAGAGAUGAGCUCAUGAAAAUUAUUGAAAUGAAUAGAAAGCAGUAGUGA